AUGAUCCAGAUGCAACGACCCAGACAUAAUGAGAAGAGGACCCACACUGCACACACCCCAAAGAGAUAUCCUCAAGCCCCUACUUUGACUACACACAAACUACCCUCACGGUACACCCCCCCACCCGACACCAGCGACACCAAAAAGGCGCAACAAAGAGGCAUAGUGCUGAUAACACUACAGGCACACACCAAUGGCAUUAGUGAUGACUAUAUAACAACUCUACUACAGUGGACGGACGCUACAACCCCAAACGGAAAUACACUUCUACACAACUAA